GGGUGGGGGGUUAUGGUUCUAAGGCUAUUCUCCGCCCGUCAAUUACGGGUGUCGACAACUGACUAGUCGUGGAAAAUCCGUGGCUUUUGACUGAGGGGUAACGUUAAUAUUUUUUCCAGACUCACCAGUCACCACCGCCCAUACUCAUGCGAUGCAAGCAACUUGUACCGUUUUCUGAAUCUCCUUUUCGGUUCUCUUGGAAUGCAACGGGAAUGCUCCGCAACCGAACCCAAUAAUCCCCCCAGAUCUGCUUCCUCGUACUCCCUUUGAUUUCUCAUUUGUUUUCCCCCAAUUAAGAAAGCCCUAAUUGCUGCUAUUGGCUAUUGCAGUUGUGAAUGAUUUGCAUUUCUAUGUGAAUCUCCUCCUUCUCUUUCUGCAAUUCAGCUGACGAAAUGGUUUUCGCUGAAAUCUUUGUUUCGUGUCUUAUGCAAUGAGGAUUGUAUUUUGAGGAGAUCCGUGAGAUCCCUGCGGUUGUUGCUCUGAAUCUGGGCAGAAGAUGGGUGUUUCUCAGUCCAGACAAGAGGUUGAAGAAGACAAUGAACAAGAAGAUGAUGAUGAGGAGGAAGAUGAUAAUGAUGCUUCCAGUAUAAGAGAAUUGGAUAAUCAUUCGGUGAAGAAGGUUCUGGAACAAGAGCCGGAGAUGUUACCCUGCUACGCAUCAGCGUCGCCGCUCUCCCCUCAGCUUUCUUCCUUUGGCACACCACGGCUUGGGCCGUCAAUCAAGGUCUGGGAUCCGUACAAUGUUCUGGCUCCUCCUCCGCCGCCGCCACCGGCAGCUGUAUUCUCCCGGAGUUUCUCAUCCAGCGGGCUGGAGGAAGAUAGAAUGGUUAUUGAGGUUUUUUUUAUCAGCCACGGGGAGUCCGAGAUGAAUUUGAGGCCAGAUUUGGUGGCUGGGCGGUGCCCGGAGGCGGGGCUGACGCCCAAUGGGAAGCGGCAGGCGAGAGCUUUGGCAGUGUUCUUGAAUUCGCAGGGCAUUCGAUUUAAUGCUGUGUAUUCAUCGCCAUUGGAUCGGGCGCGGGCCACAGCUGCUUCUGUUUGUCAGGAGCUGAAUUUUGCGGAGGAACAGAUACAGCCGUCAGAUGCGCUUGUGGAGAUGAGUCAAGGGCAUUGGGAGGGCUGUCCGAGGUCAGAAAUAUACACACCUGAAAUGUUGAGCUUAAUGGAAAGAUUCCAGCCUGAUUUCUCAGCUCCUUCAGGAGAAUCCCUUAGGCAGGUGGAAUUCAGGAUGGUUCAGUUCCUAAAUGCAACAGUCCUGGGACUGCCUGAAAAGUUGAGAUCAGAUUUCUCCUCGCCCCGGCUGAAUGAGAGCCAAGGGCUUUCACUCAACUCACACACUUUUGCCAGCUCAGUUCAUGACCGAGAUGGUCCUUCCCUUCCGCCACCUCAUUGGGAUUUGCUUAGCAGGCACCGGCAAGGGCUUACUAGGAAGAAGUCUGGUAAGAGCAGGUUACAGUUUGUGACUAAAACUGGAGAUCAUGAUGCCGAGGAUGAAAUCUCCCCUGGGGAAGCCAACCAAAGCUCCCUGCACGAAAUUAACGUCAGGAGCUCCUCCUCUUGCAUCUCCUCCUCUGUUGGAGUUUUCACUCAUUCAGGGCCGAUUAAGUGUCUCUUGACCGGCAUUCUUGGUUGUAGUCCAGAAAUGUCUCAUAAGUUUUGCAUUGAAGAUUCUUCAGUGACCAUGUUACAGCAUUCAUGGAAAACAGGUUGGCAGAUAAAGAGGUUGAAUGAUACUGCACAUCUUAGGCUUCUCUAGUAAAAAUACUGGAAGCCUCUCAUGAAAAUGAAAUUUGUUGAUGAAAUUUGAGGUGGUAAUUAUUGGCUGGAAGUCAGCACUGCUAUAACUUAUGGAUUAAAAUUGUCUGUUGUAACUCAGGAUUUGGCAUGAAUUGGCCAUGGCUCUGCACCUUCUUGUAACCUUUGUUAUAAUUAUUUCCUGAGUUACCAACUCCCAAACAAAAGAAUUCAUGCGGGAGUUGGAACUUUGUCUUGGGUGAUUCUUUUGAAUUGUAGCAUUAACAAAAGCUGUUAUCAUAGAGUGAGAUAUCAUGUA